GUCGGGCUGCUUGUCAUUCACCACGACGAUUUCAACAUGAAGACAUCUCCGGAGUUCGUUCUCUACCUGACAUGUUUCUUUUUGGGGAAAAUGGUUCAGAUGCAUCAUUUUAUCUUGACUGAUCAAGACAGUGGAUUUAUAUCAGCUGAUGUUGGAGACAACUUGACUUUGCAGUGUUUCUAUGAGAGGGAUGACGAAAAUAUCUGUUGGUACAAACACACACCAGGACAGAAACCUCGAAUUAUCUCAAAGACUUACAAAUUCUCGAAAGAGUUUCCGUUAUUGAAUGAAUUCAAGGACAAUCCACGCUUCACUGUGAAAACUAAGGAUCUUGUUAGUCACCUAAAUAUCUCAGAUCUGAAGCUUUCAGACUCAGCUACUUACUACUGUUUAAAGGAUAAAAGAUUUGUGUAUGAGUUCAUGGAGGGCGUCACUGUCAGUGUGAAAGGUUCAGGGUCUAACAUCCAGAUUGUGGUGCAUCAGUCUGAGAGCAUCCAGCCAGGAGGCUCUGUGACCCUCAGCUGUACAGUUCACACUAGGACCUGUGAUGGAGAACACAGUGUUUACUGGUUCAAGAGCUCUGAAGAACCUCAGCCAGGACUCAUUUACACCCACGGAGACAGGAACGAUCAGUGUGAGAGGAAACCCAACACACAGACACACACCUGUGUCUACAACUUGUCAAUGGAGAGACUGAACCAUUCUAAUGCUGGGACCUACUACUGUGCUGUCGCUGCAUGUGGACACAUUGUGUUUGGAGACGGUACUAAAGUGGACUUUGAAGAGGUGGUGGACUAUCUUCCCUUGGUGUAUUUCCUGAGCGGAGCUCUGGCGUUCACCACAAUCCUGGUUGUUUCUCUGGCUUACACAGCUCAAAGAGCACUCAAGACAAACUUCUGCCAGGGCUCAGAAUCUCAAGCAGCGGCAGCAGCUCUGAAUGUGGAGCAGGGUCAUCAAGAUGAAGACAACCCACAUUAUGCUGCUUUAAUGGAGCACAGCUUCAGCAGAGCAAGAAGACAAACAGACAGGGACGGGAGUGAAUGUGUGUACACCAGUGUAAAGCAGUAGAGCUGAACAUGUUACACUUCCAUACAUGAUGAAUGUAAAGCUUCUCUA